CAUCAUCAUAAGUGCCGAUCGGCCACAGCGCAUGACUUCUCUCUUUGCGACAGGAUAGUCAGUAGUCAGUAGUCAGGAGUACUACUAUAGAUGGGGACCGAGGAUCCAUCCUGUGCCCGCCCUCAUUCUUUACGGGGAGUAGUGGGAAAUUUCCGGCCGGCUUCGGCGUAGGGCCUUGCACACGGUGGGCGGAAAAGGAAGUAGCGACCAAAACAAUUGAGUCAAGAGGGGGAUAAAGACUUCUGCUUUGGGCCAGAUUAAAGUCGUGACUUUGGUCAACAACUUCUUUUAUCCUUCGAACUCCCCUUUCUCUCCUGUACUCUUUUCCCCCGACGAACUCCCCCCCCGAAUCACCUACGACUAAUCAACCGUUCCACCUGGGAACUAACAUAUUUUCCGGAGCUCCGAUCUCCCCCGUGUAUAUCCAUCUAUCAGCAGCGUUCUCCGGCGUUGACGGGAGCUUCCGACUCCACCGCCCGCUCUCUCCUUCCAACCGAACAGCUUCACGGCGAUUUCCUCGGGUAUACGUUAAUUGUCUUUGGUGUACCCCAGACCUGAAUAGGUAAGCAGGGGAGUUUCUCUGGGAGUUGCGAUUACCGAUCGUUAAUCCGCUUGGGUAUCCAAGGCAUCAGGUCCGACCAAAAUGAUGAAUUCCCUUCGGCUCCAUUCCGCGUCGGUUCGCCGCGCUGUCGCCUCCCCUCUGUCUGCCCCUCUCUCUUCCUCCGCUUAUCGCUCGAUCGCCCGGUCUUCUUCUUCUUACAUUUCCUCUUCGUCUUCUUCCUCUUUCUCGACUGCUGCUACCCCUCGCGCUCAGAGACCCCUCGCUUCGUCCCAGCUCCCUCGUAUCGUCUCCCCCCGCCAAACCGGAAUCUCUCCUCUGCAGUGGACACAAGCCCGCACCAUGGCAACUGAAGGCCCCAAGAUCAAGGUUAAGAACCCAGUGGUGGAACUGGAUGGAGAUGAGAUGACCCGUAUUAUCUGGCAGGAGAUCAGAGAGAAGUUGAUCUUGCCUUACCUUGACAUUGAUCUCAAGUACUACGACCUGGGACUUGAAUACCGUGACCAGACCGAUGACCAGGUCACCGUUGAGGCCGCAGAGGCCAUCAAGAAAUAUGGUGUUGGUGUCAAGUGUGCUACCAUCACCCCCGAUGAAGCCCGUGUUGAGGAGUUCAAGUUGAAGAAGAUGUGGCUUUCUCCCAACGGAACCAUCAGAAACAUUCUCGGCGGAACUGUCUUCCGUGAACCCAUCAUCAUUCCCCGCGUUCCCCGUCUCGUACCCGGAUGGAGCAAGCCUAUCAUCAUUGGACGUCACGCAUUCGGUGACCAGUACCGUGCCACUGACCGUGUGAUUCCCGGCCCCGGCAAGCUUGAGCUGGUCUACACCCCUGCCGAUGGCGGCGAACCCGAGACCGUCAAGGUCUUCGACUUCCAGGGCGGCGGUGUUACUCAGACUCAGUACAACACUGACGAGUCCAUCCGAGGCUUCGCUCACGCCAGUUUCCAGAUGGCCUUGCUGAAGGGCCUGCCUCUGUACAUGAGCACCAAGAACACCAUCCUGAAGAAGUACGAUGGCCGCUUCAAGGAUAUCUUCCAGGAGAUCUACGAGUCUACCUACAAGAAGGAUUUCGAUGCCAAGAACAUCUGGUAUGAGCACCGUCUGAUCGACGAUAUGGUCGCUCAGAUGAUCAAGAGCGAGGGUGGCUUCGUUAUGGCUCUUAAGAACUACGAUGGUGAUGUUCAGUCGGACAUCGUCGCCCAGGGCUUCGGCUCCCUGGGUCUGAUGACCUCUACUCUGACCACCCCCAGCGGUGACGCCUUCGAGUCUGAAGCCGCUCACGGCACCGUGACCCGUCACUACCGUGAGCACCAGAAGGGUCGUGAGACCUCGACCAACCCCAUUGCCUCCAUCUUUGCCUGGACCCGUGGUCUGGUGCAGCGUGGCAAGCUCGACGAGACCCCCGACGUGGUUGCUUUCGCCGAGGAGUUGGAGCGUGCCUGUAUCGAAGUCGUGAACGACGAGGGCAUCAUGACCAAGGAUCUGGCUCUCGCCUGCGGCCGCAAGGAUCGUGAGGCGUGGGUCACCACCCGCGAGUACAUGGAGGCCGUUGAGCGGAGGCUGAAGAGCAACCUGAAGUCUAGACUGUAAGGGCUUUGUGGGUUUAAUGUUUUCAAGUUGGUAUAAAUUCUAGCGUGCAGCCGGAAGGGCUGCAGUCAUGACCAAGUAAAGAUAGCAUAUAUCAAACGACUACAAUGUAUAUUUUACUUUGCGAUGACCCAUUCCAUCCUCAUUAUGAAAUCCAUGUAGGAUCGCACCGCCAU